CCCUUGUCAUCCCGAAUUGACCUUUUUUCAGAAAAUCAUGCUAUAUGUGGAAAGUAUGGAAAGGACUCGAUUCAAGACACACAUCACAUUAUCCAUGAGGAUGUGUAUAUCCAAGAGAAGUCUUUUAAGUAUAAUGAGCUUAGCAAUAUUUUUCAUGAAUCGACCAAAAGUACACCAUAUAAAACUAUCCACAGUGAUGCUUCUCUUCAAUCCUCAAACCUAAAAAGACAUAAAACUGACAACACUAAAGAAGUUUGCAAAUAUAAAGACUGUGUAAACUGUCUAAAUGUGUGUUCUAUCAUGAGACUCAAUCAAGGAAUCCAUGAAGAGAAGAAAGAAGAUAAUAUAAAUACAGAAUUUGAUAAGGUUUCUGUUUCUAAACAUAAACUUGAGCUGAAGCAAAACAAGACAGAUGUGAACACUUACAAGUACAGUGAAUUAGACAAACGCUUUAUACAGAGAAACAAUCUUCAAAGUCAGCAGAGAAUUUAUUCAGGAAAGAAACCUCACAAAUGUAGUAAAUGUGGCAAAUGCUUUACCCAAAACUCCAGUCUUAGUAUUCAUGAGAGAAUUCAUACAGGAGAGAAACCUUACAAAUGCAGUGAAUGUGACAAAUGUUUUUCCAGACAAUCCCAUCUUAGUAUUCAUCAGAGAAUUCAUACAGGAGAGAAACAUUACAAAUGCAGUGAAUGUGACAAAUUCUUUACUGACAAAAGUAAUCUGAGUGUUCAUCAAAGAAUUCAUACAGGAGAGAAACCUUACAAAUGUAGUGAAUGUGGCAAAUGCUUUUCCAGACAAUCCCAUCUUAGUAUUCAUCAAAGAAUUCAUACAGGAGAGAAACCUUACAAAUGUAGUGAAUGUGACAAAUGCUUUUCCAGACAAUCCCAUCUUAGUAUUCAUCAGAGAAUUCAUACAGGAGAGAAACCUUACAGAUGCAGUAAAUGUGACAAAUGCUUUACCAAGAAGUUUAGUUUGAGAAGGCAUCAGAGAAUUCAUACAGGAGAGAAACCUUACAAAUGUAGUGAAUGUGGCAAAUGCUUUACCAGACAAUCCCGUCUUAGUAUUCAUCAGAGAAUUCAUACAGGAGAGAAACCUUACAAAUGCAGUGAAUGUGAGAAAUGCUUUACUGAAAAAGUGAAUCUGAGUGUUCAUCAGAAAAUUCAUACGGGAGAGAAACCUUACAAAUGUAGUGAAUGUGACAAAUGCUUUUACAGACAAUCCCAUCGUAAUAUUCAUCAGAGAAUUCAUACAGGAGGGAAACCUUACAGAUGCAGUAAAUGUGACAAAUGCUUUACCAAGAAGUUUAGUUUGAGAAGGCAUCAGAGAAUUCAUACAGGAGAGAAACCUUACAAAUGUAGUGAAUGUGCCAAAUGCUUUACCAGACAAUCCCGUCUUAGUAUUCACCAGCGAAUUCAUACAGGAGAGAAACCUUACAAAUGCAGUAAAUGUUACAAAUGCUUUACCAGGAAGUUUAGUUUGAGAAGGCAUCAGAGAAUUCAUACAGGAGAGAAACCAUGA